GAGACCUCAGGACCGCUGAGCCUGCUCCAGGGUCAGCAGGGAGGCCCACGUUGCAGACUGACAUUCUCGGUGGCCCCUUUGCUUUCUAUUAACUACAUUUUUCCUUUAAAACCUUUUUUCCUAUCAACUAACCCCAGAUUCCUCUGACAGUGGAGAAGGCUCCCAAAGCUCUCUCCCUGUGUUCUCGACAGGAGCUGGAAUAUUCUAACUUUGGGGCAGUUCCUUGAUUCUGAGGCCGUGAUUGCUGCCCAGGUGCAGAGAGCCUUGGGAACGGGGAUGUCUAAGCAGGCUUUUCCAGUUCCGUCACAUUGCAAAGGGGGAAAGCUUUGACACAGAGUCCCCUGUGCCUGGGGCGGAGACUACACCGCCUUCCAAUAUUCUCCCCUUCUUCUGUGACAGAAUUCCUGCCGCUCCCUGGGCACCUGUUCACCCAGAAUAAGGACUACAUCACGUUCAUCCUUUCCCGCCCCGCCUCCAAUAGCAAUCCCUUCGGGCCUCUGCGUAUGGACCCGUAGGCGGUGCAGGGAACAUGCGCGGCCACACAUGUUAGCCAACCAGGAGGAAAAGUGGCUGCACUAGAGUGAAACAUGUGAGCUGUGGGAGGGGUGACUGCACGUGAGGAAGGACCCGGCUGCCCUCGGUGCCGGCUCUGGCUCCAGCCAUGUGCCUGCUCCCUUUGUAGGACCGGCUUUGGGUGAACAUCCCCGCGCGCCCGGGCUGGGGCUGGGAGGGGCCGCCCGCUCUGUGCGCCCGGGCGCGGUCCUGGGAGCGGUUCUCUGCGUGGCGCCUGGACUGCACGCGCCUCCCGGGGAACGAGCCUCUGUCCGCGUCAGCCGGCGCCCACGUCCCUCUCCCUCCGCCAUCCUCCCCACCUCGUCUUUGUGCUGCGCGUGUAUCUGCGCCUCCUGCGGAGACCGCGCCUCCGGUGGCAGGAACCCGACUAGAAGGGGCCGCGCCCGCCAUGGAUCUGUACGGGAAGAUGGCCGCUGCCCAGGACGCCCGGUCUGGCCAGAAAGACUCCUCCGACCAGAACUUUGAUUACAUGUUCAAGCUGCUCAUCAUAGGCAACAGCAGCGUGGGCAAGACCUCCUUCCUGUUCCGCUACGCGGACGACUCCUUCACGUCCGCCUUCGUCAGCACCGUGGGCAUCGACUUCAAAGUGAAGACUGUGUUCAAGAACGAGAAGAGAAUCAAGCUUCAGAUCUGGGACACAGCGGGCCAGGAGCGGUACCGGACCAUCACCACGGCCUACUACCGCGGGGCCAUGGGCUUCAUCCUCAUGUACGACAUCACCAACGGGGAGUCCUUCAACGCUGUGCAGGACUGGUCAACUCAGAUCAAAACCUACUCUUGGGAUAACGCCCAGGUGAUCCUGGUGGGGAACAAGUGUGACAUGGAGGACGAGCGUGUCGUCUCGGUGGAGAGGGGCCGGCGUUUGGGGGAACAGCUUGGGUUUGAGUUUUUUGAAACAAGCGCCAAGGACAACAUUAACGUCAAGCAGACCUUUGAGCGCCUGGUGGAUGUCAUCUGUGACAAAAUGUCAGAGAGUCUAGACACUGAGCAGGCCGCCACCGCUGCGAAGCAGAGCGCGAGGCUCAAGGAGACGCCUCCCCCGCCGCAGCCUGGCUGUGGCUGCUAACCCCUCAAGGGCAGCGGGCCUGGCACCAGCCAGCAGCAUCCACGGAAGGAAGGCCGGCAGCCGGCACUCACUGCCGCAGGGAGACGAGGGAGAGCUGUGUGUCGAUGGCUGUUCCACGCACUGAAUUCUUGGGCAACUCCCUGAGUGGAAAUGUGGCAAAUACGUGAUCUUAAAUCCAUGAGACUCUCCACCCACCCACAUCUGGUAUUUGCAUGUGAUUUGUUCUGUGUCUUCUAGGGUCUUUAUGUUUCAGAUUUCUUCUCAGACUGGGCUACUGCUGGGACCUCAGGCUAUAAAUGCACUUCUGCUGACUUUUGUGCCAUGGGUUCGAAUUCCGCUGGUCACUGGAGGGGAUGGUAACAAGGCCUUGCUUGUGUUGGGAGGGGAGACGGGAGAUCUGAGGAUAUCUCGUUUGCUUUUAAUUGAAAAUCAAGUGGGCACAGGACUCAUAUUUUCUGAGUAAAUUACCCAUUUUCAGGGCAGGUUACUGUACAAGGCAGGUCACUGUGUCUCCUUUUCAGUGUUAUUAAUAACUGGGAGACCAACUAUAAAGAAAUUGAAAUAUUGUUUAAGGCCCUUGCAAGAUUCCUAAGAGACGGGUAUUCACCUGCCUGGAACUGGUCUGAACUGAUCGUAGCUCAGAUGUUUAAAUGAGGGGCACCCUCACCAGGACUGCUCUUUCCACUGAUGCUUCCCAACACGCUGGGCAUUGGAGGGCACUGGCCGGCCGGCCGGGAGGAUUCCACUGAAGGUUAUGCAAUAGGCGUGCUGACGGCAAGGGUGUGUGUUAUAGGGGUGAUUACAUUCUACAGUGAGUAGCUGUAGAAUGAGCUCCCCCAUCACUUCACUAGCUAGCCCCCCAUAACACACACUACCCCCACAUAACACACACUACCCCCCAUAACACACACUACCCCCACAUAACACACACUACCCCCCAUAACACACACUACCCCCACAUAACACACACUACCCCCCAUAACACACACUACCCCCACAUAACACACACUACCCCCCAUAACACACACUACCCCCACAUAACACACACUACCCCCCAUAACACACACUACCCCCACAUAACACACACUACCCCCCAUAACACACACUACCCCCACAUAACACACACUACCCCCCAUAACACACACUACCCCCACAUAACACACACUACCCCCCAUAACACACACUACCCC